CGCGCGGCGGUGACGCGCUGUGCACCCCGUGGCUAACAGUAGCAUGCUAGCGGUCGCUCCGCGGUAACAUGGCGGCGCUGAUCAGGAGCCUGCGGGCCGUGCGGAGCCUGCGGGGGCUCGGCAGCGCAGUAGUGGCUACGACCUGCCCAGCUUCCCUGUACGGCGGUUUGAGACGUGGCUUUCAUCGUGCUGCCCUGCUUGCCAGUGACUCCAAAAGUGACCAGACUGUACCACCUCCGUCCCACCAUGAGCACUACCAGGCCCAGGAGCCUCGACAGGGGUCAUCAACGUUCUCCACAGAGCAGGCUUCUGCUUCUGACCCCGGCACCCAGCAUGAGGACCCCUGGCCUAACACCAGUUAUCAGGAUCAAAGUGGCGAACAGGCAGAAGAUUACGAGACAGAGGAUCAGCUCCAAGCUCGCAUCCUGACCGCUGCGCUCGAGUUCGUCCCUCAGCAUGGUUGGACUGUGGAAGCCAUUGCAGCUGGAGCCGAGACCCUCGGCCUGUCGGCUGCUUCUGCAGGAAUGUUCGAUAAUGGUGCAGGAGACUUAGUGCUGCAUUUCGUCGGCCAGUGUAACGUCCAGCUUACGGAGAUUCUGGCAGAAGAGCAUAAUCAGGUCCAGCUUGGCCAAGCAGAAAAGAAGAAGACGGCUGAUUUCCUUAGACAUGCAGUGGAGACUCGACUGAGGAUGUUGGUUCCGUAUAUUGACACAUGGCCACAGGCGAUGAGUUUACUGCUGCUUCCUCACAACAUCCCGGAAAGUCUGAAGCACCUGUCCACGCUGGUGGAUGACAUUUGGUACUACGCAGGAGAUCGUUCCACAGAUAUGAGCUGGUACACCCGCAGAGCAGCGCUUACCGGCAUCUACAAUACCACGGAGCUGGUGAUGGUGCAGGACUCCUCCCCUGACUUUGAAGAGACCUGGGUCUUCCUCGACAACCGCAUCAGGGAUGUGGUCAACAUGGCCAACACUGCCAAACAGGUGCAAGCGACUGGAGAGGCUGUAGUUCAGGGGCUGAUGGGAGCUGCAGUUACGCUGAAGAACAUCACAGGGGUGAACCAGAGACGAUGAAGCUCUCCACCCCCCAACCCCCCCGCCCCCUUUAUUCUCUCCCUUAUCCACAGUCUCAAGCCACGGCCCAUCACAAAUCCCCGACACUGAUGCCCAGCUCCUUCGUAAGGGUCACUUAAGUGUUAUUUUGCUAUCCUUUUCCACAGCAGGGAUGCUCGACCUUGUAAAAUCUACUGACCUGUGGUCCUAACACAGUCUAAGAUCUCUAACACUUGUUCUUAACAGUUGCAUCCCUGCAUGUCAGUAAAUAUAAAAAAGGGGCAUCUCUGGUUUUCAGACGUAUAAUGCCAAUUCAGUCUUCCCCUCUCAUCAGCCAGGCUGUUGUUCCCUGUCUAAACACAGAAUAAAUAUUAUACUUGAAAAUGUUUUCGCUAGACAUUUUGUCUGAUUUGAGUGUCUCAAUAAAAUAUUUAGACAUUUU